CAGUAAAUUGAGAGGUCAAAAAAAAAAACCACCAAUGUAUCCUCAAUCCCCCACUGCUCACUGCUUCUCGUUGUUUCUCAGGUAUCCGCUAGUUUCAUUCUUCACCAUUCAAUCUCGUAGUAAAGUGGACCUGGAAACCGUGAUGACUGGCCAGUGACUGUCAUGGCACUGAAAUUCAAUGGUCAGCUUCUUCUUCCUUCGUAUCCCAAAUUCCCAACGACUGAUCAAUUGCCCAUCAAAGUCUCUGCUUGUCAUCCUCCAUUUUCAGACCAUAUACAUUCCCCCAACAAGGCAAAGAAGCCAUUUUUGUUAUCCAAAGUACUCUCACUAGCCAUCGCUAUAACCCUAUCAUCCUCCGAGUCUCCAUCACCUUCCUUGGCUAUCCCUGCUCUCAAUGGUUCCCAGACUUCUCAGUCUCCUUUACUCCCGACAACUACUCCAUUUUCUCAAGCCAAAAACUUGCCAAUUGGGCUCGAAAACGGAAAAAUCAGGCCUUGCCCCUCCAUAAAUCCAGGUUGUGUAUCAACUAACCCCAACUCCGCUUCCUUUGCAUUCCCAUGGGUGAUCCCUGAAAGUUCUUCACGAGAUGCCAUUAAGCAAUUAGAGGAUGCAAUUCUCAUGACACAGAAGAAUGUGAAGAUCCAAAGCGUUGAAGACACUCCAUAUGGUAAAUACCUGCAGGCUGAGGUUGAUGGAGGAUUCAGCCGCGAUGUCUUGGAAUUUUUAGUAAAAGGAGAAACAACUGUUACAUAUAGAGCUAUGGCCACAAAGGUGACUUAUGUUUACCCCUUCACUACAGCUUUUGGAGAUUCUAAAGGACAAGAAGAAAGAAUGAAGCAGAUUGUACAGCGGCUAGGGUGUGAAUCUCUACACUAACAACAUGUGGCAUGGAGGAAAUGGAAGGCUGGUCAUGGAGGAGCAGAAGCCUUUGCCAGGGAAAAAGGGGUUGAAUGUUGAAACUACAGAUUCGAGCCAUUUCAUCAUUGAUGCAACCGUGCUGAGGGAUAUAUGCCCGUCAUCUUCAGUUGCAACAACUUCCAUUAUUUUUUCAGAAGGGAACAUUAACAUAGUUGGAUGAGUUAUAUAAAAUUUGCAAAAGAAAGAGUUUAAUAGUCUAG